UUGUAGUCUUCAAUCGCUGAGAGUUGUUCUCCUGGUUUUUUUCUUUCGUGGUGAUUUCGAUGGUUUUGAUAGGGAAGGGUUAGGUUUUUAUAGAAUAUUGAGAGAUGGAUAACUCUUGGCGGAUCAAAUUUGAUUCUACAUUGCAGUCGUCUAUGCCUUCAAUGGCUUCAUCGGCAUCGCAAGAGCCUCAAAAUCAGAUGGUGAUAAAUUCUGGCCAGUAUUUUCACCAACAUGUUGCACAAGAUUUAAGUUCAACAUUGCAUGGAAGAAUGCGUGAUCCCAUGCCUCCCAACAGUUCAAACUUAUGUUCCAUUAAGUCUAAUCAUUCUGAACAGGCAAAUUCAUUUCUAGCUCUUCUAUCUGGGUCACCAUCACUGUUACAGUGUGAUUUUCAGGAAUUGUCAAGUCGAAAAGUAUUCAAUGCCUCUAGAAGUGUCAAUAUCAAUGAUUUUGGAAGUGAAAUUCCACCAAUUGCUGGUGCAUUGCUAUCAGAAACUCUGAGCAAUCAAAACACACAAAAUGGGGCAAAUUCUGUUGUUCCAUCUAGACUGGUAUUAAGUUCCACUGGUAGUGGUGUUUCAUUUUUGCAUGGUAGCCUUCAUGCAUCUAACUCAAAUCUCCAGACUUCAGAUCUGGCCAAAGUAGUCAAUCAUCUCAGGCUUCCUGGUACUGAGAAAGUAAAGGAUGUACCCACCCUGAAUGGGGAUUGGUAUGGUACCAGUUCUACUACAAAGGCUGGGAAUCUCUAUAGCAAAAAUAUCCAGAUGUCAACAAAGAGAGCAGAAGAAUUAAACUCUUCUACAUCAGAUCAGUCAUCAACUAAUUUAAGUGGGUGCCCUCGCGUGUUCUGUUUGGGUACAGGUGGGUAUCUGCUUCUCAGCAAUACAGGACUUCUUGGUAUUGUUUGCUCAUGUCAUUUUUUUCACACAUCUGUCUCCAAAUUUUGUGAGCAUUCAGGAUUAUGUGAUGUGAACCCGGGGGAUGCUGUUCGUAUGGAAAGUGGAGAGACCAUUGCCCAGUGGCGGAAACUCUACUUUGAGAAGUUUGGGAUCAGGGUUCCGGAAGAUCAUAGUGGAUGGGACUGGCCUGAAGGAUUGUUACCAACUGCUGGUUUGGUGAAAUCUAGUGCGACCGAGCCCAAAAUAUCUAAAACUUCUCACUUGGUUAAUCAAGUUGGUUCAUCUCAAGGUUUGUCAAGGUGCAUGGACAAUACAAUGUCUCCAAGUAAUCCACAGACUGGGCAGAAUUCUGCUACUGGUCUUUUACAUAACAAGCAAGAGCAAAAAAUUGAGGGUAGUAGUAACUUUCUUCUCAAGCACUUGAUUGGUGCUUCGCAAAGUAAUUUGCAUGAUGUGGCUGAUGGCCAGAGAAUGGAGUGUGCUGUCACCAGGAGUUCAACAAUGUCCACAUUUGUUGGUAGGGAUUCAGAUAAUGGUUGUCAGUCCAUGUCCGUUUGGAUUGAUUCUAUAUUGAAGACCGGAAACUCAUCCCUUGCCCACUCUAGUUUGCAAAAUUUAAGAAGCCUCGGUCAAAAUUAUGAUGUCAGUGCAGCUAAAAUUGCAGAUGAUGGUGUAAUUUCUGACAGAGAUGCUACUUCCUCAAAUGUGGAGUUAAAGCUUGGGCAACCAUAUCAACAGAGUCAGCCUAUAGGAAACACUGCUCUACCAUUCAUUGCACGCAAACGUUUUGGCACAGUUGUUGAUCCUCCUAAGUCAUGCUAUCCUGAGCCAAUGAUUCAUCAUGCUAACUUUUGCGGGGAGGAGGAAUCUAGGCAAUAUUGUCAUCAUGAUGCAGACUCAUCCAACCGCACUGCAAGAAGACAACAAAGCCAUUUGAUCCUUGGCAAUCAUGCAUUUGGUGUCAGCAGUGUCAUGGAUGCCACCAAACUAGACAAAUGCAGAGGUGAUGCCACCAAGAGUUUAGUAGUUCCCCUACUUCCCCAGCUACCACUGGAGGGGAGUGCACGCUCUAGAGGUGCUAAUAAUAUGGCUGGUGAAUUUAGCAUGCCGAAGACAUUUCAUUGUGAAUCUAAUACUACAAAGUGUGACCCACUAAAUACUCCCUUGACAAUUGGAAACACUUUAGGGAGACAGUUGAAUAUGCCUGAGUUGGGUUUCUGCAGAUUAACUGACAAAGGUAACGCAGGAUCAGAAUGUGUUUCCUUUUGCACUGCAACAGAUCCAGCAUUGAGAAUUCAUCAGCAGGUAGAAAAUCCUAGAAAUGUCACAGGAGUUGUGCCUGGUUUUUCAGCAGUGCAUGGAAUGGAUUCAUGUCAGUCAUCCAAUAUUCAUUCAGAUAGAUUUGAUGAGAGAAGCUGUCUCAACCUUCCUGGGAACUCUUCUUUCAUUGGAAGUAGUGGAUAUACUGAUCAAGCUUAUCUUAGGAUGAUGAGUUCACAUUUGGGCUCUGGACAAAUUUCACAAUCCUCUGCUGCUUCAAUGGGCUAUCAAUUAGCUACUUCGACCUUUAUACCAGGUCCAACUUCCACCAUUUCACAAGAGAGCCCUUGUUUGCUUGAUGACAGUAUGAGACUGCUUGCAUUGAGGCAGAUAUUGGAGUUGUCAAAGCAACAUGCAACUUCUUCAGUUGGAAUGAGCCAUGAGCUAGGGAGAUUUGAUCGAACUUCUAAUCCCAAUGUACAGCAUUGUCUUAUGGAAUCAUCAAAAUCUAGGGAAGAUAGGCAUGGAGCUAUUGUUCCCAGCAAGCUAGAUGUUUUUGAAGGUGCUGCAGCAUCAGUUCCAUCUCCUGCUGCUGAAAAAUCAAUCCCCAAGACAGGGUUGAACAGCCGCUGUGAUUUCUCAACAUUGACACAAGGGCUUUCACUAUGUUCUAGAGAAGUUGACAUACCUUGUCAAUUUUCUAAUGAGCCUUUUCCUAAUCAGUCUACAUUGAGGCUCAUCAGAGGUGAGAGCAUCACGCAAUCAAGUGAGCAUGCAAAAUGUUGUCAGAGAGUACCUUGUACAUAUUUUCAGGGCAACUGCAACUGCUCAGCCCAUGCAAAGUGCUUAGAAGGAUAUUCUGAGUGUAGGGUUGGAAGAUCUCAUGUUACCUCCAAGGAACAGUUUGGUGUCUGUCGUGAAGCACCUAUGUCAGUUACUUCUGAAUUUGUUAGAGAUCAUGUUAUUCCGAAGGAAAGAACUAGUUUAUUGUAUCAAGGAGGAAAAGUGAAGGGGCAACUUCCUGUGAGAAUUGCCUGUCAUGCCUCUCAGUGGAGAGAUGUUCCAAGCAAGCAAAAGGAGGCUUGCAAAAUGACACUUAUCAAUCCAUCAGCUGAGGUGUUAGAUGCAAGUGGAUGUGCUGAAGAUCAGCAUGGAGAUGCAGGUAUGCGCUGUAUUGGAUCUGCUGUAAACAGAGCUGCCUCAUUCAAAGGUCAAGACAUGUCCAAUAUUUCUUCUGGAUGUUCUGCCCCUGAUGUCACCCAGGCAUCAAUUGAGGUUAACAAUAUGGAUUCUUCUACCAUUGAUGCUGAGGAUAAUGGAUAUAUGAAUGAUCUUGUAGUUGACGAAGGAUCCGGUAUUGAUAAAUGUUGUUCAUCAAAUGAUGCUCAUGAAAGUGAAAGAAGUGCUGCAUUUAUAGGUGUUUCUUGCAGGAGUAAGAUAAGAACUAAAGGAUCUCCCAGAAUUCUGAAUGGACAGCCAUCUUUUAGUCUGCUUGAUGAGCUUAAACUCAUAGAUUCCUUGACAUGGAAAAAAGGUAAAAAUCAAAUUUAUACGAGCAUUACUGGUAGUGGGAGGACCAAUCAUUUGAAAAAAAUUAGGAGAGGCUCAAAAGCUGGAAAGAGAAAGAGAACAGUUAAAUUUAGGACACUGGAUGCAGCCUUUCCUCCUAAAGUUUCUUUUAGACACUGUUCCAGCAAUAAUGGCAGUCCUCAGUUGCCCUCUCGUUCGUCCAAAGAUUGGCAGACCCUCAUUCCAUCAGGGUUAGAACCACAUGGGGAUACUGAUUUGAUUCAACCAGGAGAAUUGUUUUCAGCCAAAAUAGUUUCUCGGAAAAGAGAUUUGCAUGGUGUGUAUAAUGAUCAGGAUGGUGAAGAAGAUUAUCAGCCUGAACUGAAAGGUGAUGCUAGGUUUGGUAAAAUUCCUGAAGUUUCAGGUAGAAAAAAGUUAAAGAGGGCUGGGGCUUUUGAUUCCUUUGAGAGUUUGGGGACAUCAAAAUCAAUUCUUAGAACUGUUGAAAAAUCUUAUAAUAGCAAUGCAGUACAUUGCAUAAAGGCAUUUUCGAGUCUUGAGGUGACAUUUUGUGAUAAGAAAGAUAGGCCCAUAGUUUGUGGAGAAUAUGGUGAAAUAUGCAGCAGAAAGUUUGCCACAGAUGAAUUGAGGCCUGCAAAAAUUGUUCCUCUAAGUAGGGUUCUUAAAAACACAGAACAAUGUACCCUCCAGAAGAACUGUAAACCCAAAAGUACUCUGAGGAAGUCAAAGAAGAAAAGAAGACCUAAGAGCACUGUAUACUUUGAUUUGAAGAAAGCAGAAGAAAAUGGAGGCAAUCAAUUUUCAGUCUCUCAUGAAGUGAGUGGCUGUCAUGUUGAAGAAGGCAAGAAGACUUGUGUGAGUGGAAUUAAACAAUUUGAUAACAAUUCAUUCAUCUUGGAGAAAGGGAAGGAUGACAGAAGUGAGAAAUAUUGUUGUAUUCCAGAUGGUAUUGCUUAUAAUCGAUCAAACAUAAGAUGUAAGGAAAUACGAAAACGCAGCCUUUAUGAGCUGACAGGAAAAGGAAAAGAGUCUGGUUCUGACAGUCAUCCCCUUAUGGAGAUCUCAAAGUGCAUGCCUAAGAUGAAAGUGAGGAAACGUUUGAAGGAAACUGGUGAUGUUGAAAGUCAUGGACAUAGAUCAUCCAACAUGAAUGCUGAAAAAUCUAUCAUGCAGACUAGGUGCUCAUCCAUUGUUGAUUCAGAUGUAUUCUGCUGUGUUUGUGGAAGCUCAAACAAAGAUGAAUUUAAUUGCUUAUUGGAGUGUAGUCGAUGUUCAAUCAGAGUGCAUCAAGCUUGCUAUGGCAUUUUGAAAGUGCCAAGGGGCCACUGGUAUUGCAGACCAUGCAGAACAAGUUCUAAAGAUACUGUGUGUGUUCUCUGUGGAUAUGGUGGUGGUGCCAUGACUCAAGCAUUACGAAGUCGUGCGUUUGUAAAAGGCCUUCUGAAAGCUUGGAAUAUUGAAGCAGAGUGUGGGCCUAAGAGUACAAAUUAUUCUGCUGAAACUGUGCUGGAUGAUCAGAGUCUGGUUGUCAGUAAUUCAUUUUGUAACUUGCAAUUUAAAGAUCUUGAGCUGUCAAGAACUGCUUCAUGGAAAUUGGAUGUGCAAAACCAAUUGGACAUUAUUCGGAACUCUCCUUGCCCUGAUAGCAAGUUAAAUUUGUAUAAUAGUGUAACAGCAGGAGUACUUGAUUCUACUGUGAAACAGUGGGUUCAUAUGGUCUGUGGGCUCUGGACUCCUGGAACACGUUGCCCAAACGUUGACACCAUGAGUGCUUUUGAUGUAUCUGGUGUUUCACGCAAAAGAGAAAAUGUGGUUUGCUCUAUAUGUAAUCGACCAGGUGGCUCAUGUAUACAGUGCAGGGUUGUGGAUUGUUCAGUUCGGUUUCACCCUUGGUGUGCUCACCAGAAGGGUCUAUUACAAAGUGAGGUUGAAGGCAUUGAUAAUGAAAAUGUUGGAUUCUAUGGAAGAUGCAUGCUUCAUGCCUCACACUGCACAUGUGAAUCUGGUAGUGAGCCCACCGAUGCUGAAUUGAGUCCUUCUAGAGAAAGGGAAUCAACCUGUGCUCGAACAGAGGGUUUCAAAGGCCGCAAACAAGAUGGCUUUUGGCACAACAUCUAUGGUCAAUCAAAAAGAAAGACUGGAUGCUUUGUUCCUCAAGAGCAGUUAAAUGCUUGGAUUCACAUUAAUGGGCAGAAGUCAUGCAUGCAGGGGCUUCCAAAGCUGCCAACGUCUGAUAUGGAAUAUGAUUGCCGGAAAGAAUAUGCUCGCUACAAGCAAGCAAAGGGUUGGAAGCAUUUGGUAGUUUACAAGUCUGGCAUACAUGCACUUGGUCUUUACACAUCUCGAUUCAUUUCCCGUGGUGAAAUGGUUGUUGAGUAUGUUGGUGAGAUUGUGGGGCUACGUGUGGCUGACAAAAGAGAAAAUGAGUAUGAGUCUGGCAGAAAAGUCCAGUACAAAAGUGCAUGCUACUUCUUCAGGAUAGAUAAAGAGCAUAUCAUUGAUGCAACCCGCAAAGGGGGGAUUGCCCGUUUUGUCAACCAUUCAUGUCUGCCAAAUUGUGUUGCCAAAGUGAUUUCUGUGAGGAAUGAAAAGAAGGUUGUCUUUUUUGCAGAGAGAGACAUAUAUCCAGGUGAGGAGAUAACAUAUGACUACCAUUUUAACCAUGAGGAUGAAGGGAAGAAAAUUCCUUGCUUUUGUAAUUCAAAAAAUUGUAGGCGUUACCUCAACUGAUUGUACAUAAAAACUGUUAAAUUCUUUUUGUUGUAUUACUGUCGAUCCCAAUGGGUUGUCAAAUUUUGUCCUCUCUGCUUUGCCAAUUAAUAUCAACUGGUAUUAGCCUGCA